AUGAAUCAAUCAUCAAAAGUAGUAUCUGCAGCAAAGCAUAUUCGUCUACCACCUUUACCAACCAUUAGAGACUUGGUAAAGUUGUAUCGUCUUAAAGCGCUAAAGCAACUAUCUCAAAACUUUUUGAUGGAUGAACGUUUGACCGACAAAAUAGUAAAAGCUGCAGGAAAAAUACAAAAUCACUAUGUUUGCGAAGUCGGUCCUGGGCCAGGUGGCAUUACUCGAUCUAUUAUCAAAAGGCAGCCUCACAAGCUUAUUGUGGUGGAAAAGGAUCCUAGAUUUAUACCUACUCUAGAGUUGCUGCAAGAAUCGUGUGCUAGUGUAACAGACAUGAAAAUUGAAAUUGGUGAUAUACGUUCCUAUAAUUUUGAUAAUGGAUUCAUUAAUGUACCUAAACAUAAUUGGUAUGAGGCUCCACCACCUAUACAUCUUAUUGGAAAUCUGCCUUUUAGUGUUUCAACAAACUUAUUAGUUCGUUGGUUGAAGUCAAUCUCAGAAAAAUCUUCUGCAUGGAGCUUCGGACGCACAUCAAUGACGCUUACAUUUCAAAAGGAAGUGGCUGAAAGAAUGGUGGCACAAGUGGGAGAAAAACAACGUUGCAGACUAUCUGUGAUGUGCCAGUUUUGGUGUGAUAUUGAUUACAAGUUUACGAUACCUGGAAAGGCAUUUGUACCAAAACCAAAAGUGGAUGUGGGGGUGGUUACAUUAUAUCCUCUUAAAAAUCCACUAAUUGAAAUGCCAUUUGCUGUUGUUGAAAAAGUUGUUAGAAAUGUUUUUAAUAUGAGGCAGAAGUACUCUAUUAGAGGUGCUGAAAGGUUGUUUCCAGAAGAACUAAGAGAGCAUUUAGGUCCCAAAAUGUUUAAUUUGGCAGAAUUGGAUUUUAUGACAAGACCUUUCCAAAUCACCAAUGAAGAAUUUGCAAGAUUAUGUUAUGCCUAUAGAGUUAUAUGUGAGGAUCACCCAGAAAUAUUAAAUUAUGAUUCCAGGGCUCCCAAAGGUAUUGUUGAGUAG